AUGUCUCUCUUACUCGACCUUCCUGCAGAACUAUUGCUCCGCGUUACAGAGUACUCAACUUUCGAUUCGUACAAAUCCCUCAGCUUGACCAAUUCGCGCUUGCACAAGUUUCUGGAACCAGUGUUGUUCGCUUGUCUCAAGGUCAUCAACCGUAAAGAGGACGAAGACGUUCUCAAAGCCGUGAUCGAGAAGUAUGGGCGACAUGUCGCGAAGCUAAAUUUCGAUCUUCACCUACUCCCCGACAUGGAUGACGGAAAUUCAUUGAACGAAAGUGAAGGCUCUCUAGGAAAUCAAGACAACAGUUCUCAGCUGAAUUGCCUGACGCUUCUCGCGAAAGAGGUACUUGGUGGCCAGCUAUGCCACAACGUGUCUGAUAUCAAGUUCACUGUCAUAGCGGCAGACAACUUCGACGGCACCUAUUGGGACGAAGGAGGGACGAUUUACAUGCACGCAGAACCCGAGAUGGCAGAUGAUGUCUUCGAGGAGGAGCAAAAUGCUUCCUGGCGCGGCACCAUGAAUGAAGCAUAUCAGGCACUCGCCACAAGGGAGGGCGUGAAAACACUCAGACUUUGCGAGGUUGUUCCAAGAGAAUGCUCGACUUUUUACACACAGACAUGGCGAGCCUUCCUUCACAAUAUCAAGGACUUCAACAUCAAGCUCUGGGGAGGCGACAACGGCGCUGGGUGGCAUUCUAAUACUCAACCAGGCUACGAUGACUUCAUUCUGAAAAUGGAUCAGUUCUUCUUCGGACACCUCGAUUCUGCUGAACGUGUAACAUUCAUCGCAGACGACCAGAAUCCCAUUGGUAUGGAGCCGAACUUCCAUCACUCUCCGACACCUAUCCGGCAUGACGCUAUGCCGAAGCUCAAACAUCUCGUCAUGGAAAACUUCUUCAUCGAUCCCGCGCUUGCAAAUCUGAUCAAGAGCCAUAGCCAGCAGCUCGAGUCGCUCACACUGAAAAAUUGCUUUGGAAGCCCUGACAUCUCCACCGCCCACCCCUACACCUGGGCAGAAUUCCUCAGAACGAUCCAAGACACCAAACCCAUCCUCCAAUCCCUCACCAUCACCAAUGUCCGUGCUCCCCUAACCAGAGAAGAAGAGUUCUGGCGCGCAUACGCCGAAGACGAAGCGGCACCAUUUCAGCCUCGCGAAGAAGAAGCUACAGAAAUUCUACGCAUUCGCGAGAGAUUGCGUAAUGAUCCGAAAUUGCGAGUGUGGCCUUAUGUCUAUCUCGAUGAUAAGUAUGGAAUGGUUUUUCACGAUGAGGAUGAAAAUGUGACGGCUUUUGAGGCGGGGGCAGAUCAGAGGGAGUAUGAGGUUUUGAUGAGGGUUGUAAAUGCGAAUCGGAAAACACGUGAGAGGGUGUGA